GUUGUAAUUCCACAGAACGACACCAAGAAGUUUCCAAGAAGACACUAGACUGGAUCCUGAUGUGCUUUCUUCUCAUCAUGACUGUGAAAAUACUUCUGAUUCUCCUCACUUUAGCAUCAGGUGGAUGUCCCCUGAGACCCAGAGAGAUAUUUGUCAAGGACGGUGAGAUGGUGGUGCUGUACUGCCCUCGUUACAGGGGGUAUGAUGGCAAACUGAUCUGGACCAGUUACACCACCCAGGUCAUGGAUCUGACCAACAACGUGUCAUCAGCUGAGCAGAGGCAGAUAGCCAUGUUGAUUCAUGAGAGGAGCCUUGUGAUUCUUAGUGCUUCUGUAAACCAUCAGGGGAAUUACUCAUGCACUCAAAGGAAUGCCAGCACCUGGUUCAGGCUGACAGUUGUCACAACCCAGUCCAGAGAUUACAAAGAGAGGUUCCAGUACCCUGCAACAUGUUCCACAAAUGAGGCCUUCACAUUGCAUUGCCCUGAUGUGAACAUACCUGCUGGAAACAUCCCGAAUAUUACCAGCAAUGGCAUUAUAUGGCACAAGGAGGGCGAGUCCUUGCCAACAGACAGUUACUUCUCAAGUGUGGAAGAGAAGGAUGGUGGUGUCUACACCUGUACCAGAUCGUAUCUGUGUUAUGGUCAAAUAUGUAACAUGACCUUUACAGUUGUGCUUAAUGUCCAACAAAAGGACAAAUCUGGACAAUCAGUGAUAGUUUCACCCAGCGAAAGCGGUGUAUUUCAUGUAGAUUUAGGUUCAACAAAGGUGAUUGAUUGUAAAGCUGUUAUGUAUUCAGACUUUGAUGAGGUAUUCUGGUUAAGUGGGAAAUCUCUCGUGGAAACGGACAACAGCUUACCAGUUUUCUCCAAUUCCACAAGAGAAAAUAAUGAUGGAGAAAUAAAGAUGACAGCAUCUCUCGUCUUUAAAAAAGUGUCAGAGGAGGAUCUAUUAAAAAAUUACACCUGUAACCUGGAAUCUGUAUUUGGACACUCUAGCUUUGUCACCAUCAACUUGGCCCAAAAAUUGUCCUUUUCCUCCCUCUACCUCACUUUCUGCAUCUUGUGCGUCGUGGUGGUGACUGUUGUUGCAGUUGCUGUGUAUUUGAAGCUAAAAAUGGACACCUCAGAUGGAAAGAGCCAUGAUGCCUUUUUGAUCUGUUACAAGAGCAGCACAGAUGCAGGACUACAUGAAAAUGACAGAAAAGGGCAGGAGAAUGUUUUGGAAGAGAACUUUGGUUACAGUCUCUGUCUUGAUCGCAAUGUCUGAAAGCAGUAGCAGAGGCAGUGCCGGACUGUAUAGAGCAGAGUCGCACAGUGAAACAGAUGUAUUGGGAUCAGGUUUGUUACCAGAGGCCUUACAGCUGGAAACUGUGUCACCUGGAAGGGCGUAAACUCCAUGCCGGCCUCCGCCUCCUUCUGGAAGCAGCUACGUUAUUACCUACCUUCCCCGCAGCAUGCACCAAAAACAAGGCUUUUACCUCAGAUAAAUUACUGUUAAAUUAUUUAUUUACAAUGAAUGUAUCAUAUUUAUUGUUUUAAUCAGCUAUGUAAUAACAAUAAUAAUAACAACAAUAACAAUAAAACAUUUUAUUUAAAGAGCGUUUUCCAUGAUACUCAAAGAGUAUUAUGUCAUGUAUUCAAUUAUUACAUGUAUAAAUGUGUAUUUGCCUUGAAUGUAUUUUAUAUUUAAUAUGUAUGUUUUUAUUUCUAUUUACAAUUUGUUAAUCUAUUUUAUGUUGUAUCUUUUAUAUUUAAUAAAAUCCUACUGUUUUAGUUUAUUUGAGCUUCCCAGCGAAGGUAUUUCACAGUAUUGUAACCCGAGUUAGCUUUUUAGACUUUAAGUAUAUUGUUUUGAUUUUACAUUUUGCAGUCAGAUGUUCUCAUCAACUUGCUGAGGGGCAGACAAACUGUGAUUAGUCUCACAUUGCCAGACAGAUCUCCACAGCGCUGCGGAGAAAGGGAGCUGUGAUAAACCCAUAAACAAAACUCUUGGCCCUCUAAAAAGCCAUUCUCUAUGGGCCCCUCCCAGCAUCCACAGCCAUUCAUUGUAGCAUUUUGUUGGGCCUUGUGGGUACAGGGGUCCCUUUUGCCCUCCAGUUCAACGCCCCUGCCCACAAAUAGCAAAGAGUAAUCAAGUGUUGGUUGACAGCUAAACCAAGGCUGGACUUCUAUCCAUCCGGUGGCUGGAAACACAAUGUUGCUCCAUGUUUGUUGAAUAAGUAUAUCAUUGUUUGCAUCAUGAUGGUGGUAUUUUAUGUCAGCUCAUUUGAUGUGUUUCUGCCACCUAGUGGGAGUUUUUUCAAAAAAACAAAUAGUACAUUGCGUUUCUGUGACUUAGCCACCCUCGUG